UGUUCUGUAACUAGUAUUUCCGGGUGUUCUGUCUGUCUUUCAUUUUCUUUUUGGCCUUUCCUUCACGGUCUUGUUCAAAGAAACAGUAAAAAGAAGAGGAGAAAAUGGCUGCGCAGAUAACUCUGCAGUUUGUUACUGCAUUUACCUCUGUAAUUUUAGACCAUUCGGUCGCUCCCAUUGGACGACAGAUUGGUUAUGUCUUCAACUACAAAAGCAACCUGCAAAGCCUCAAGAAGCAACUCCAGAAACUAAAAGAUGAAAGAGACAUGGUGCAACAUUCUGUUGAUGAUGCUACAAGAAAAGGGGAAGAGAUUGAAGCUGCUGUGGCAAGGUGGAUGAAAUAUGCGGACAAGAUCAUCGAAGAUGCAGAGGAAAUUGUCUCUGAAGGUGAGGAAUUUGCACGAAAGGGAUGGUUUAGAAGGUCAUGUAUUGGCUUAAGGUCCCGUUAUCGAGCUGGAAAGGGAGCAGCAAAGGAGAGCAAAAGUGUUGUUAAACUCCAGGAAGAAGGAAAGUUUGAUAAAGUCUCGUAUCGUGGUCUUCCGCAAGGGAUUUGGAUCACAGCUUCGAAAGGUUACGAAGCAUUUGAGUCAAGAAAGCACACCAUGAAUGGAAUUACAGAGACCUUAAAGGAUCCCAAUGUCAACAUGGUCGGAGUGUAUGGGAUGGGAGGUGUUGGCAAAACCACACUGGUUAAAGAAGUUGCCAAGAAAGCCAAGCAGGAUGGAAUUUUCAACAUGGUGGUCAUGGCAUAGGUCUCGCAGAGGAAAGACAUUAAGAAG